AUGGCGGGCUGCGGGGCGCGGGCUCCGCGGGGCUCCGAGGCGCGCCUCAGCCUCGCCACCUUCCUGCUGGGCGCCUCGGUGCUCGCGCUGCCGCUCCUCACGCGCGCCGGCCUGCAGGGCCGCACCGGGCUGGCGCUCUACGUGGCCGGGCUCAACGCGCUGCUGCUGCUGCUCUACCGGCCGCCGCGCUACCAGAUAGCCGUCCGGGCUUGUUUCCUUGGCUUUGUGUUUGGCUGUGGCGUGCUGCUAAGUUUUAGCCAGUCUUCUUGGAAUCACUUUGGCUGGUAUAUGUGCUCCCUGUCAUUGUUCCACUACUCUGAGUACCUAGUCACAGCCGUCAAUAACCCCAAAAGUUUGUCCCUGGAUUCCUUUCUUCUGAAUCACAGUCUGGAGUAUACAGUAGCUGCUCUUUCUUCUUGGAUAGAGUUCACACUUGAGAAUAUCUUCUGGCCAGAGCUGAAGCAGAUCACCUGGCUCAGUGCCACCGGGCUACUGAUGGUGGUCUUCGGAGAGUGUCUGAGGAAAGCGGCCAUGUUUACAGCGGGGUCCAAUUUCAACCACGUGGUACAGAAUGAAAAGUCAGAAACGCACACCCUGGUGACAAGCGGGGUGUACGCUUGGUUCCGGCACCCUUCCUACGUCGGGUGGUUUUACUGGAGUAUCGGGACCCAGGUGAUGCUGUGUAACCCCAUCUGCGGCGUGGGCUACGCCCUGACCGUGUGGCGAUUCUUCCGGGAUCGCACGGAGGAGGAGGAGAUCUCGCUCAUCCACUUUUUCGGAGAGGAGUACCUGGAGUACAAGAAGCGGGUGCCCACGGGCCUGCCUUUCAUAAAGGGGGUCAAGGUGGAGCUGUGACGGCCGGGGCGGCCGGGCCGGGCCGAGGGCCCCACACCACGCAGCCGGGACGGAGCCGCCUCCAGUCGCCACCCGCAGAAUGGAUUUCCUUAAUCAUUUUGUAUGUCACCAAUUACGCUUCUGGGACGUUGUUCAAGACCCGAAGGUCGGGAGGCCUUAGGACUAAAGGGCUGCUCCCCACGCCCCCCGCGGAGCAGUCUGUGCUGGGGCCGAAUCAAGGUAGGACCGAGAUGAAAGCCGAACCGGGAGCAGGUCACAGGAGAUCAGCAGCGAACCGCCGGAGCGCCCUGGGGGGAGCUGGGCCUCGUGCCGCCCCCCACGAGCACCAAGCGGGAGGAUGUGACCCCAGCCCUCGGGAGAGGCGGCCGCGCUCACAUGGAGAGGAUGCAGGCAGGGGUGUGGGCGUCCAUGCUCCCGAGCGUGAGAGACGCAUCCAGAACCUUUCAUUUAAAAGAAAAACGCAAACAGCAGCUUUAACCUCUUUAUUUCUGUCCUAAGUGCAUGACAUCUGUGGACAUCCUCAGCCGCCUCCCUCGAAGACGCCCCGGCCCUCGCCUGUGUAAGCGCGUUUGUAUGUCUUUUGUUAAUCAGCAGCCAUAGGAAUCGAGAGGGGAGCCCCGUUACCGCAGCCCGGGCUUGGGUCUGGCAGAAAGGGCGCUUGGGCCCCUCAAGGCCAUCUGUCCGCGGUCACCAGAGUGCCCCAGGCCAGAGAGGCGGAGGCCGUAGUGGCUCUCAGCUCCCGCCCGCCUCCCAGGAGGGGCUGGUAGCAGGGACAGGCCUCGCAAAGGGGUCGAUUUCCCUUGAUCUAAGAAGUUCUUGGAGACAGCAGUAGACGCAGACUGCUCUCCAGUCACUGGGGCUUGCUUCUUUUGCCACAGCUUAUAUUUUUGUGUUCAGUUCACAUCUAUUGGCGGUUGGCCGCUGUGUUCUGUUCUCGAAGCCCCAUCACCCCCCACGCCUGCCCGCUGGCCUGAAGGCCGGCCCCCAGGCAGCCGCAGAGCCCCAGCGAGCCGGCUCGCGAGUCUUACGUAGUGCAGGUGGUCCCAGCGGAGGCUCAGGCCAUGUUUUUGUUCAGGUUUGGGGGAGCGGUUGACCCCGCGUCACAUGGGCUUCCAGGCCCUUGUCUGACUCCGGGCCAGACAGGAAGUCGGGCUCGGCGUGAAAAUCUCCCGUGAGGUUUUGCGGUGGCACCGCUGAGGUGUGACCCUGGUCCGGCCCAGCCCGGCGCCAGGCCCCCCUCGCCCCCGCCUGGCUCGGAGGAGCCGCCCACCUUUCCGUGCCUACGCCUCCCCAUCUGUAGAAUGGGGUCAAUGCCACCUACCUCACAGGGGUGUCGCCAAGAUGCAGGACAAUGUCAGACAUUUUGUUGCUUACCUGAGAGAGGACACGAAUGAGGUCUGGACAGUGUAUGAGUCUCAUGACGUGGACAGACGUCUGCCUCCCUGUGCCAGAGGCCGGGAUGCGUGUCCACUUUAAAGAGCACUUUGCCAACGCAUCGAUGCCGCUUAUUUCUAGAGGUCACGGCCUAAUUCAUUGUUUCAUUUUCAUAUAUACCAAAGAGGUUUACGGGUUUGUUGACGGGCGGGACGUGGGGGGUGAGUACUGGUGGCACCCCCUGCCUGGCCUUGGGGCUGGGGCUGACCCAGUGCUGCCCCGGUCCUGCAGGCCUCCGUCAGUGAAGUCAGCCCUACACCCCCUAGGAUUGCAGAGCGGGAGGGGAAGCUGGGCAUGGCGGCCCUUCUGGCUCCCAGGAUGGGUCUCUUGCCGCUGGCAGGACUGCCCCCUGCUCCCCGGGGCCAGGAGUCAUCGCUAACCGACAACGAGAAGCUGCUCGGACGGAGAGCGUCUGGAGGUGUCCACACCGACUGCCGUGCUCCCUCCACCUGCCAGACGUCAGGAGGGCUGUCCUGCUGGGUCUGGGGCUCAGAAUCGCAGCCUUAGGGUUUGGGAGGUGGGGCGAGGCUGCUCCCCCGCCUGGGGCUUGCUGCCCUGUGCUUGCUUUUAAGGCCUGGGCAGAAGGAAAACAUUCCCACCCGAACUCGCGGUCGUGGCGGUGGAAGUCAGCAAUUACUUCGGGCCAGCCAGCCGUGAGCUACUUGAGGGCAGGGCUGCGAGCCAGCCGGACUUCCUUCUCAUACUGAGAUCUUCAGAUUAUUUUUAACUCGAUAAAUUUAGCAGUGACCAGGUACGCAGCGGAGAAUCAGGUUAAUGAGGUACAGGCUUUUUGGGUAUUCCGGGAAGCUUUUUGGGUAAAGGCCACGUUGCCAGUUCCCUCAAAUUAAGAAACUGUCGAGAGAUUUCUUUUUCCACGGCAGGGUGUAAGGUGGAGGAGGGUCUUCCCUGGGGAACGGGCGCGGCACGGGCCGGAGCUCCUUUGAGGCGGCAUAACAUGAAACAAACGUGUCGGGCGGGUUUGCGGGUGCUGAGGCCGGCGGUCACCUCAGAGAGGGGGCCAGGGCCCUGGCUGAAGCAGACGGGGUGGGCCCGGCAUCCCUCUUCUGGUGUGAACUGCUUUUUGAGCCCACAAAGUGCACCGUCCUAGUCCCUUCCAUUUAUUUAACACUCGGGGGGUCGACCCUGGGGACUCAGCCCUAAGCCAGGGCGUCCUGUCGCGUCACGGACCGGGCCCUGCAGGGUGGCAGCCCCUCGGGAGCAGGCAGGCCGUGCUGUCCCCGACGCCCUCCCUGCGCCUUCGUAGUUGGCCUCCUCUGCUCAGUAGCCUCGCAGCCCUCUCUGGUGGGAGAGACCCACCCUGUGCCCCCCGAGGGCGGCGCCCGCAGGAGCGGGUCCCACUCGCUUGCUUUCCAGAAAGCCGCGCCCCGUAGCUAGGAGAGUAACUCAGAUGGAGUGAUUAUUCUACUCUUCUUUAUACAUGCAAAAAAUGUUUAUUUAACUAUUUUAAAUUGGAUUUUCUUUCACAGAUACUGAUUAUUCUUUCCAAUUCUUAAAUAAAAUGUACUUGAUUUCACUAUGAGCCACAAUGUGAUUGUGCGGGCCGUACAAACUCCAGAAGUGUCCAGAACCCA